UUUAUGACCUUUACAUCCUACGGAGUACGGACUGUACAGAGAGAUGUCGAGCACAGUCGUUUCUGAAAUGGCCGCGCAAUUCCAGCGAUCUUAUUUUCUCUCUCCUCCACUGGAAUUGAGUCCCAGAGAGAAGGCUAGAUUUGUUCUGCAAUUCAUUUACCCGAGUCGGUGGUUUGGUACCAACGCUGAGUCGGCUCACCCUGAGUUCUCCGGCGCCGACAACGCAUACGAAGUUCUCGGUGUUCCGGAGAACAGCUCGUUUGAGGAUAUUAAGGCGUCUUUUCGGAAGCUUGCUAAAGAAACGCACCCUGACCUCGUUUCCUCCGCUGAUACUGAUCAUACUGUCGAUCCGAAACGUUUCGUCCAAAUUGUCGCUGCUUAUGAGAUUCUUUCUGAGCCUACUAAAAGAGCUUUAUAUGAUCAGUAUUUGCAAACUGGAAGACACAUUGAACAGAAGCAUUCAAGAGAAGGUUCGAGUUAUCACAUGUAUGGUUCUUAUGUGAACACAACAAAGCAAAUGGAGGUUGUUGAGUGGUUGAAGUGGUAUAGACAUGCUGUGAAGGAUAUAUUAUCAGAGAGAAGUUUGCCGUCUGGUUCAGGUUAUUUUGAUGUGCUUCAAAGAGAAUUUUAUUCAGCCAUGCAUUCAGCGUAUUUUGGUCCUGAAAUCCUGUCUCUGGACCUUCUUCCUGAUCGUUUUGAAGCUGAAGAGAGGUCUGUAUUUGAAACACCUGAGGUGUUACACUUGGUUUCAGGGCGUGAUCUCUUUGGAAUUGUCCGCAUUGUUGAUGAUGUUCCUGAAUUGUCUGAUGUUUCUUAUAAAAAACUGACUACUGCACUUGAGGAUUUAGAAUUGUGUCAGCCUGUGGACAAUGUCGGCUGUCAAACAGAUUUUGCCAACAAUAAAGCAUCUGCUGAAUUGCCUCAAAACAAUAUGAACGAUAUCCAAAAUCAAGCUUUAGAUGCAUACAAAGAUUUGGAGUUGCAUGUGUGUGGGAGGUUAGUUGCUAUGGCAACUAGAAUCCCUCCAAAAAAAUCUUCUGGUGCAAGCGAUUUUCCUGACAAGGUCGAUGAGGAUAGUUCACAAGAUAUGAUACAUAUUUUUCUUAAUUCGCAAGAGGAUCCAGUGCAUUUCAACCGUUGUCAUUCGAAUAAAAGAACCUUGCAUGGUUCAGUUUCAAAGGUCGUCUUGGGCACAAUAGCUGGGCUUGGAACUAAUCCUGAUGAGAGCUCCUGUUAUGUAUACAAUAGUAAUGGUUCAAAGAGUCAUGUGAUUCUCAAGCAUAGAACACCACUGGUCAAACACAUGCACUGGUUUCAGUUGGGAGAUGAAGUUUCUAUUUGUGAAUGUAGAUGCACCAGGGCUCGAUUGCCAUCAAGCAAAUUUUGGUUGUUUGAGCCACGCUGUAGCACACAUGAUAUUGGUGGAUGGUAUGUGGAAACAUAUGGGCGGGAUAGGAAAAGAAAAACUGUUCCAUCACAAAGAUAUUGGGAUGGCUUUGAAUCUCACCAAGAAUGUGAAGAGAGACUCCACCCGGCAGUAUAUUUGCUUGCUCUAGCAUAUAGGACUCUCGAUAUAGAAAAUGCAAGGCGAACAAAGCAAACUUUCUGGGAUAUUACUCAAGGAAAGUUAUUCAAAAUGUUUAAAUGGUGCAAGAAACUUGUUUAAUGACAAAAAGCUCCUAUGCUACUUGGUUGCAGUCUUCUUUUUUUUUUUUUCUCUAGAUCAAAUCUGUCCCUGCAGUGUUUGGUGGUUAUUGAGGAGCUUACUUCUAUUAUGUUUUGGGAGUUCAUGGCUCUAAGAUCCUAUCUGAAGAUCAACAAUCCGAUUGACUGCUCCUGUGUUUCUAAAAUUGAAGUUCCAGAUGCUUGUCUUCAAUUUAGCCCUUCAGCUCCUCUGCUAAGUGAUUUUUCCUUGGGAGGUGAGCAUUUGCUUUGUUAGUUAUUACAGUAUAUUUUGUGUCUCACUGUGUACCCCUGGCAAAUUGCACCAUAUGCCAGUAAACUAAAAGGUCAUUAGUGAUUUUCCAGCUUUAACGCUUUGUUUGGAUGGAAGGAGAUGGAAGGAAAAGAAAGGAAGAGAAAGGGAGGGGGACAAACUCUCUUGUUUGGGCAAAGGGUUGGGGAAGGAAGAGAAAGGAGAGGGAGGGAUCCAUUUUCCCUCUCUCUUUAAUUAGCAUAAUCCCUCCAAAAUUCGAGAGAUUUGGAGGGAAAAUGGAGCUCACCUCCCCCUCCCUUUCUUUUUCAUUCCCUUCCCCUUCUUUCCCUCCCCUUCCUUUCCUUCCUUAUUUGCUAUCCAAACAAAGUGUAACUGAUUAAUCCUAUUCUUGAUUUGGUCCUAUUUUCUUUCCUCUUAGGGGGAGGGGUUGAUAAAUGAGGUCAAAUAUACAUCAAUAAUUGGAAACAUAAAUAUUAUGUAUCCCU